AUGGGUUUACUUUUUAUUAUUAAUUUUUUAUUAUUUAGGGUUGCUCUUGCUGCAUCAGGCUUGCAAAUUGGUGUUUUAAAGUCAAUUCCUGAUGAUGAAUGCACCCGCAAAACUAAACCAGGUGACUCAAUAAGUGUUCACUACGAAGGGAAAUUGGAUGACGGUUCCGUUUUUGACUCUUCUUUUAAAAGAGAUUCUCCAAUCUCCUUCAAAUUAGGUGUUGGCCAAGUCAUUCAAGGUUGGGAUCAAGGCUUGUCCAAUAUGUGCAUUGGUGAAAAGAGAAAAUUGAUUAUCCCUCCGGAAUUAGGUUACGGAAAUCGUAAUAUAGGUCCGAUUCCUGCUGGCUCAACCUUAACUUUCAUUGCUGAAUUAGUUGAUAUCGCUGGUAGCCAAAAAAAUUCAAAAGAUGAAUUGUAG